CGGAAGAGCGUAUACUGGUCUAUUAAAAAGCAGUUUCGUGGAGUUGACAUGUUAUCGAUCCUUUUGCAAGGACUGUAUGAAUACUCCUAAAAAUGGGAUAGUAUUGUCAGCUCACUGAAUUCAGUUUAUUUUAAUUUUGACACCAUGGUGUCGCUGUCAUGGCUGGAGAAUCUGAGCAGCUCUGUACUGUCACAUGUAAACAUUGUAGCUUUGACUGUGAUAGUGUAUUAUUUAUUUAUUUUUUAUCAGAGACGGUGGGACCACGCAAAUAUUCCGCCAGGUCCGAAGCCGUGGCCGGUGGUCGGCAACUUCGGCGGCUUUCUUAUCCCCUCUUUCAUCCAUAGGAGGUUUGGACAGCAGUCCGACGGCACCUAUAGAAACGCCGUGGUUGUUUUAACGGAACAAGCCAACGUGUAUGGUAAUGUUUACAGCCUUUUUGUAGGGACUCAGUUGGUCGUUGUGCUUAAUGGCUAUGAAGUGGUCAAGGAUGCUCUCUCAAACCAUCCCGACGUGUUCUCCGACAGACCAGCUAUUCCUGCUGUCACGAUCAUGACUAAACGCAAAGGAAUAGUCUUCGCAGCUUACGGGCCGGUGUGGAGAAAGCAGCGCAGGUUCUGCCACACCACACUCCGAAACUUUGGCCUGGGGAAGUUGAGCUUGGAGCCUUGCAUCCUUCAAGGCCUGGCUGACAUCAAAACAGAGCUGCUGCGACUGAACGAGGAGUCUGGUGGGGCUGGUGUGGACCUGGCCCCGCUGAUCAGCAACGCCGUGUCAAACGUCAUCUGCUCGCUGAUCCUGGGACAGCGCUUCCAUCGCGAAGACCGCGAGUUCCGCACCAUGCUGGGCCUGAUGGUUCGUGGGCUGGAGAUCUGCGUGAACAGCCCUGCAAUCCUCAUCAACAUCUUUCCACUGCUGUACUACUUGCCUUUUGGGGUCUUCAAGGAGUUACGGCAGGUGGAAAGAGACAUCACAGUGUUUCUGAAGAAGAUUAUCGCAAAGCACCGGGAAACAUUAGAUCCUGAAAGCCCAAGGGAUCUUGCAGACAUGUACUUGUUGGAGAUGUUGUCCCAGCAAGCUGCUGGAGAGGAGGACAGCAGUUUCACAGAAGAUUAUCUCUUUUAUAUAAUAGGAGAUCUCUUCAUUGCUGGCACUGACACCACCAGUAAUUCAGUUUUAUGGAUUCUGCUUUACAUGGUCUUACACCCUGAUAUCCAAGACAAGGUCCAGGCAGAGAUUGAUGAAGUGGUGGGCAGACAUCGGGUUCCGUCUUUGACUGAUAAGGGAAGUUUGCCUUUUACUGAAGCAACCAUCAUGGAGGUACAGAGACUGACUGUAGUGGUUCCUCUGGGUAUUCCUCACAUGGCCUCCGAGACAACAGAGUUCAGAGGCUACACUAUUCCCAAAGGAACAGUUAUUUUGCCCAACCUGUGGUCUGUCCAUAGAGAUCCCACUGUAUGGGAUAACCCAGACAGUUUCAACCCAGCACGCUUCUUGGACGAUGAGGGAAGGUUGCUCAGGAAAGAGUGCUUUAUACCAUUCGGGAUUGGUCGCAGAGUGUGCAUGGGUGAACAGCUGGCAAAGAUGGAGCUGUUCCUGACGGUUACCAUCUUACUGCAGGCCUUCAAAUUCAGACUCCCAGAGGGAGAGCCUCCUCCUCCCCUGCACGGGCGAUUCGGCCUGACGCUGGCACCCUGCCCAUUCACUGUGUGUGUGAGCCUUCGUAAAUGAAACAGUGAAAAAACUGGUUUAUUUUUUUAAAAAGAAGUUUGCUUUAUUUUUGACAGUACAGUAGAGAGAGACAGGGAAGGCAGGGGAGAGAGAGGGGAGUGACAUGCAGCAACGGGCCCAACCGGACUCGAACACAGGCCGACUUUCUACCAGGUGAGCUACCGGGGCGCCCCUGGAAGACUUGGUUCCAACAGAUUUUCUGUAAACUGGGUGUUCUGAUGCCAAGGACCUUGCAAAAGGCCAAAGAUGUUGGUAAAGGUCUCCUGGAGAGACAAUGUAAUGUGUGCAAAAUAUAAAAAGUAGGUUUUGAUCGGGAUGUAAGUGUUUUGCUCUUGCAAUUAUGGCUGCAUAUUAUAUUUCAUUAUCAGUUAAUUUAUUGAUUAUUCGAGCAGUCAUUUAGUCCAUAAAAUGUAAAAAAUAAUGACAAAUACUAAUACUAAAUAAGUGAUGCCUUACAGUCGGUAUUAAAUUUACAAUAUGAGAACAGAAAGAAGCAAAAACAGAACAGAUGCAAAUCAUCUUAUUUAAGAAGCUGGAUUCAUUUUUAGUUAAUCAACCGCUUGAUUAAUAAGGUCAGUAUUAUAUGCCAGAUACCUUUGCUUUUGAAAGAAACCUGCUGAAUAUCUGUAUUGAUAUUUUAUAAAUGUACUGUUUUUAUGAUGCAUAGCACUUAUUUAUAGAAAUUAGCACACAUAUCUGUCUAUAUAAUGUCUUUUAUUAGGGCAUUAGGGAAAGAAAGAUUUCAGUUUUCUGCCCAAGAGUUUAAAAAUAUAUUUCCUUACAGACUCGAUGAAUGGAUUAUUGACAACUUGUCAAUAAAAACAGAUUAUCUUUAAUAAUGA